AUGGCUUCCUCGUCCAACAGCUACCCAUCGCUUCCUGGCUUGCAGCUUUCCGAAAGAGCUGGUCUGCCGUUCGACCUCCAGGCUCUCCCCGUUUCUCAACUGGAGUCUCUCAAGUUCAAAGCGAACCAGAUCAUCGAGUCUAUCCAGCUCCUGCAACGAACGGUGGAGAUGGGCGGACAAGCAGUAAUGCCCGCGUGGCCCGACAUACUCUCGAAGUACAACAUCCUGCUCUCCCAGUCCCACAGCAUAUCCAUGUCCCUCCUCGCGGCGCACCAGGCGGGCACGAACGCGCAGGGCAACCCGUAUGAGAAGAUCGCGCUGUACCCGCGUGUCCCGCUUACGGACACGCAGCUCGAUAACGACAUCAUCCCGCUCCUCCGCAACAUGCAGACGACGGACGUCCUGCGCGUCGAGAACGAGACCGUGCGCCACCUCGCAGAACAUAUGGAGACCAAGGGCUCGCUCGGCGUCCUCGGGCAUGCGCCGCGCCCAGGCGGAAAACCUGUCGAAUACGAAGAUGUGCUGAGGGAAUGCGAGCAAAUCCGUGUUGAGCACGACCAACGCGUAGAGCGCGCAACACGCGCCGUCACCCUACUCCGCGAGAAGUACGACUGGAAGGCACGCGUCGAGGUCGAGCAGGAGGAGCCCGAGGAGCUCGAUUGGGACCCGCGCGAUGCUCAGGAAGGGUUGUCCACUGGUGCCGACCCGAGCGAGGAGGGCGGCUCGGAGACGCCGAGCGGACGACAGAGCAACGACAGCGAAGAGGAGGAAGAGCUCGAGGAGGUCCUUGGGAAUGGCGAGCACACUCCCGAGGGCACGCCGGGCGCGCAGGGCCCCCCGACGCCGACGGUGCACAUGCAGAUAUAGGCGCGUCGCGUCAACGUCGCGUGAGACGUAACAUUGGACGACGUGCAGCGGAUUUUGGAUCGGCAUCGCGGUGGAUCUACUGCCAUCGAGGAAUUCAAGACUUUCCCCAGCGCAGGUUUCGAGUGCGUAUAUGCGCAAGAUACCACACGGCAACAAGAGAACUGAAACGAUACAUUCAGUGCGUUCACACCUACGCGAGUGUAUGCGGUCAGAAUCGACGACGGGACAUCUUAUCUCCUCAAAGCGACGCCCUCUACAUCCACAACUUCCGUCACCUAUGUGCCCAACUCCCUUGCAACAGAACACACCCUUUUGAACCUCCUUUCGUCGCAGACGGACAUCCCUCACCCGACUGUACAUACUCUCGAUGUUUCCCAAAACCUCGUACCAUUCCCCUACCUUCUCCUCUCCCAACCUCGUGGCGUACCUCUCUCCGCCGUGCGUGCCUCAGGCAAACUCUCCGCCCGCCAAGCAGCCUUGCUCGACCUCCGCACCGGCGCGUACCUCAAGCAGCUACACGAGCGCGUCCAAAACGACUGGUUCGGACUCCCCACUCAAGAAAAGGACGAGCUCUACAGCUGGCAAGAAGCGUUCACGCCGCUACUAGAAGGCCUACUCGAGGACGCGCACGCCGCGGGCAUCGCGCUCCCGUACGAGGACCUCCGCCGCGCCCUCUCGCGCGCGAUCGGCUUCUUCCUCUUCGACGAUUGCGAGGUGCCGUCGCUCGUGUCCUUCACCGGCAGCGCGGACGCGGUGCUCGUGGACUUCGACCUUGAGACGGGUGCGCCUGGGGGAGAGGACGCGGAGGUUGCGGUGACGUCGUUUGUGCCGGUGUCGCAUGCGCUGUGGGGCGACCCGCUCCUGGAGACGUUGCUGUUGGACCCGAGCGCGGCGUUUGUGGAGGGCUAUGGCGGGCCGCUCAUCGUGUUCGCGCGGCAGAAGACGAAGCGGCUGUGGUACACUGUGUUCCUGUCGCUGGUUGUUUUGCUGCAGGCGGGGAAGGACGGGAAUGGCGAGAAUGAGAAGGUGCAGUGGGCGACGGAGACGUUGCAGAAGGCUGUCGAGGCGUUGAAGAAUGCGCCGUGCUACUGAAUGAAGCUGCAGCUGUUGUACGAAUAGGAGUUUCGAGUUCAUAUCAAUGAUAAAAC